GGAAAAGAUGACCUUACUGUGGGUGCUACUACGAACGGAGGAGUGAAUUUUUACCCCUGGACAAUAGAUAAUAAAUAUUACUCUGCAGAUAUUCACCUCUGCGUAGUACCAAACACAUUUCUUGUCACUGGAGAUAUUGCUGAAUCUGUGCAAGCGUUUGUUAUAUACUUCGACAGCACAAUAAAAUCUGGACUUGAUAGUGUCUCUGAAUGGCUUCCCCUGACAGAAGAGUGGUUACCAGAAGUCAUGAUCCUGGUUUGUAACAGAGUAUCUGAAAACGGUGUUAACAGACAGAAAGCUCAAGAAUGGUGUAUCAAGCAUGGCUUUGAACUGGUAGAACUUAGCCCUGAGGAACUGCCUGAUGAAGAUGAUGACUUUCCAGAGUCCACCGGAGUGAAACGAAUUGUACAAGCUUUGAAUGCCAACGUCUGGUCCAACGUUGUCAUGAAGAGUGACAGGACCCAGGGCUUCGGGCUUCUCAGUACAUUAGCAGGUGCAAACUGUAGCAUUGGGUCAGAAGAGAACCAAGAGACAGAAUCCAACCCAUCACCAGCAGACAGAGAAGAAUCGCACUUAGACAACAGAGAGGAUCGAGCUAGCACAGACAACCUCCAGACUGACAGCGCUGUAGAUCCCACGUUAGAUACGGACGUUCAGGAGUUAGCCAGCCUGACCACAAGAGACGGGGACCUGGAGAACUUUGAAAGGUUGUUUACAAAGCUGAAGGAAAUGAAAGAUAAAGCUGCAACACUGCCUCACGAACAAAGAAAACUACAUGCGGAAAAGGUAGCCAAAGCGUUCUGGAUGGCAAUUGGCGGAGACAGAGAUGAAAUCGAAGGUCUCUCCUCGGAUGAAGAGAACUAAGUUCUCCUGUGGCUGUAAGCACCAGAGCAAUCGUGAAAGCGUGAUCUUUUCCUGCGAUGAGUGUUUAUGGCGAAAAGCCCCAUUUAGCUUUAGUUGCUUUCUUUGGUUGAAGGACUCCCUGCAUCAUUGUCGUGAGUAACACAUUCCACAACACCUGAUGGCUCGAGCGGUUUUGUCUGACUGUUCGCUGAUUCUCUCUCCGAGAAUCUUGGAAGGUGACGCAUGCAGUUAGAGGAAAUAAUAAUUAGUUUACUUUUUCCAAAUUAACAUUUUUAUUCUUUCCUCUUUUGAGUUUAAAUAAACAAAUUUACUACCAGUUAUCUUUCUACAUAUGGCUGGUGGUUGUUAAGUGACUAUUUAAUUCCAGACUCAACAUUUUAGAUGUGGGCCUGUUUGAUGGUUUUAUGUAGCUUUAUAGCCGACUUACCAGUUAAAACAAACCAGAUUUAUAUGAGCCAUGAAGAG